GUGCCGAGUCUCCGGAGCAACAAGUGGGGGUAGAGAGAGGGCAGGAGCUGGGCUAAGUCAGGCCAUAGACCCACCACUACCCCCACCCCCCAAAUCCUGGCAGACUUAUUCCCCCCCAACUGAGAUCAACUCAAUAAAAAUAUAGAUCCAAGGGGGGAAAAGGAAGGAAAAAAGGAGCAGUAAUUUUGAUAACACUGCAAAAGUUGGUGACAUCCUUGAGAGGGGGGACAUGACGGAGGGACUGAGGGAGCAGAGUUAAACAAAAGCUGUUCUCAUUAAAUAAACGGAGCCUGGUUAAGGUUAUUGUGGCAUUUUGAAGGAAAAUACCAUCUAACGAACGAUCUUGCUCUGACACCUUGUGUCAUGAAACUUACACCAAAUCACGCUCCAUUAUAUGGGGAGUCUGUUCUAUCUGUGCUUUUGGAUGCUGAACACACAGUUGAAGAGGAUGUAACCCACUACCUGGUGUUUUCUGGCUCCAGUCAACAUCAUUUAACCAGCACACAGAGGAUAGAUCAGAAAACACUGCAGACAGUCGCUCCUGCUCACAACUGCUGUGAGACGGUGAAAGUUGUGCUGUGUGCCUCCAAGAAAGGACUCCCCAUUUCUGUGCUGGCAGAAGAGAAUUUCCAAUAUGUCCAGGACGCUGUGCAUGACAUGGCACAGUUCCUGGUGAGCAGUGCUGGAUCACAAGAAGCACUCAAUGCUAUUCGGAUAAUGGAUAACUUCCGCGAAUCCUCCGACAAUGUGGCAUUACUGGAUAAAAAUCUGACUUUGGAGGUACAACAUCUGCUGCUACCAACCUCGUGGAAUGUGUUGGGACCAAACCCCAUGUUGCCAGCUUCCAUCCCACGGGAAACCUUAAUGCAUUUUGCAGCGCGGCUGGGUUUGUCCAGACUAGCUUCCUUCCUACUCCAGCAGCCAGGUGGACAGGAGGCUCUGGGUAUCACCAACCUUGAUGGUGCGACACCGGUUCAUCUUGCAACACAGAGAGGUUUCCACAAUCUCGAGGAGCUUUUUACCCAGCAAAAGCCUGAUGCAGCGUUAGCAGGGGACGUAACACCGAUCGCAUCCUCGGAAGACUGUUCUGUACGCUACCAACGGCACUUGAACGUUUACAUGUAUACCAUCAAUAACCCCCAGGGAGCAGAGCUUAACAGUGUGGAACACAACAUCAGUGAACUGCAGAGAUAUAUCCAGACUCACAGAUGUGAAAUGGAUACGCUUUCCGUGCCAACCAAUCAGACAUCACAGCCUGAACUGUCACAACCUGUUGAGCUUGUUGAAAACUUAAGAACUGAGGAGGGUUGUAAAGCCAAUAGUAGCAGCACCAUUGCACAAACACCAAUUGAAAUGCCAGCUGAGAACUCCGUUUGCCUACAGGAGAGCAUGCCAGCUGAUGAAGAGGUGACUGAUUGGUAUCCUGAGGGGAUGCAUUUUAAGCAUCAAGAAAAUAUUACUCAAGACAGCAUUACUGAUACAAAAUUGGAGAGAGCAGCCGGUUAUGAAGAUCAUUGCACAAACCUAGAAUGUAUAGGACAACAGGAGGAGGCUGUGUUGAUGGUAGAAUCUGAAAAUAUACCAGGGAAAACUGUACUUUUGCAGAAAGCAUCGAAUGGGGAUUGUGAUAAUUACAGCGUGUCCUGUGACACAGCUCUUGUGGAAACUUCAGGACCAUCUGAACAAUUACAUCACAAUCAAGAGUGCGCUUUCGAAGAGGAUGCUUCACAAAGGGAGAUGUCGGACAAUAUGUUAAUUUUAAACAAUGAUAGUCCUGACAGUGAAACAGUAGUCACUGUGAAACCCCUUGAAGUAAAGGAGAAACCUAUUCCUAUUGCAGAAAAUAAGCUAGAAAAUGUCAAAAACUGUGUUGAAUUGGUUACUGAUAAAAAUGCCCUGAGUGAUAAUGGUGGGUCAACAGAGGAAUUUACACAGUUGACGGACUGUUACACUAUACAACUGAACAAUGGAAGUCCUCCACCCCCUGAACAGACUGCAGAAGUAGAAUGCAAUAUGGAGUUGAGCAAAGAUGAGUCCAGUGCAGACAUUAUUGCCAGCAUGACUAAUGAAGCUAAUGCUGAAGCUGGCUUUAAGAUGAAAAAUGAUUCUCUUGACAAAAUGUUUGCAAGUUCACAAAACUUGAUUCUCAAUUCUGAUGAGGAAUGUGAAGGAGUAAACCAUGAAAUGGCUGUAGAGGAAGAGUUUACACAGAGUCGUAAAGUGUCUGAGAUAUUGCAGUCACUGAAUGACGUUGAGGAGUAUGAACAGACUCACUCUACAUCAGAAGUGCUACACGUAAAUGUCUUGGAAAGUGAACCUGAGCAAAAUGAUGACGAGUUGGAAGUGGACUGUCUUUGUGAUGAUCAGUGGUCUCAACAGGUUGACGCAUUAUUAGAAACUGCAUUAGAUUCCAAUGUUGACGACCAUGCUAUGCCAAUGGAUGUCCAAUCCAUAGUGGAUUUAAAAGAAGGAGCUUCUCAAAAUGAGUGCAUCAAAGAGUUAUUGUCAUCUAAAUGCAGUUCUGAAAAAGAGCCAUCUUGGUUGCCGAUGACAAUGAAAUGUCCCACUAAACAUAAUGAAGACUUUGGACCCCAAGGAGCCAAAAGGACAUUGGAGGUCCUAACCAAACCAACUGAUACUGUUUCACAUCUGCAAAACCAGGACGUGUUGCUCAGCAUAGUAGAAGAACCUGCUGAUUAUAUGGUGAACAGUUAUUCAGAUUCUGAGGAUCUGUUUCAACAAAAUGGGAAACCUUCAACCGUAGAUGAGGAAGAUUCCUGCGUAAUGAAAUGCUGUGCAUCAGGAAGUAAAGCAAAUGACAAAAGUGAAGACAUUUUCCUCGGAAAUGAAAAAAUGAAUCCAAUUUCUUUGGAUUCAAAAGUGCUGCAGCAUUCUGAUCGAAAAUUUAACAUUGUACUGGAUGCAAAUGGGAAUUUAGAAACAAUAAGCUUUAAAGAAGGAUUACCAGAGGACGAAGAUGAUUGUGUCCAGAAACUGCCUGAGGAUCUUGCUGAAUUUGUCUCUGAACAAAUUAGCCGAGAAAGCUGGGGUCCUGAUCCCACGCGGGUACAACCAAAGCAGAGUGCCAAUGCAGCCGAGUAUGGUCAGUUGUCUGAGCAGCAGUUGGUGGUUGAGUGUACCUCCUCAAUGCCUGUGACUGGGGAUCCUUUGUGCCAUUCAGAUGGAGCAGUUAGUGAUGAGAGCUCGGAAGCUGCUGACCUGCUUAUGAAGCUUGUGGGUGCGCAGAACAUUGAGUAUGAAGUUGGUGGUGUGACAACAAGUAGUUCGACUAUUGGGCAUUCUGAGUCACCUGAGCUGACCACAGCCCUUGAUGGUGAGGUCUUCCUGCCCUCUGAUGCAAUCUUGGAAGUAAAGGAGGAUCAUGACGGACAGAGCCUUUUGAGCACCGAGCAGAGGGACAGCAGAGGGUCGGCAGGGCAAGAUAAUGGCUGCACUGUAGUGUGUGAAGCUGAAGAGGAGAAGGACAGUGUUGCUGAUGUGCCCACACGAGCCUCCAUCUUCAGACCAGUGAUCAGGCCACUGUCACCCUUCCGGCGACACAGCUGGGGACCCGGGAAGAACACAGGCAGCGAAGCAGAGAUCAACCAGAGAAGUUCUGUGAGAAUGCUUGGUGACAUGGUAAAGCGGCCACCAAUUCAUAGAAGAAGCAUGAGUUGGUGUCCCUGUGAGAUGCAGUGCCCUGUCUUGGAAUCUGACAUUAGUUACCGAAGUUACAGCCUGGAAGGUCUGGUACAUAACAACGAGGUGACCAAAGAAACGUCACACAAUACGGAGUCCGUCUUGCAAAAUUCCCGCGACCCUCGCCGAGCUCCAAUCAUCAGCACCGAUGAGCGCGGAUCACUCGUUUCACUGACCGAGGAGGAGAUGGAGUCAGACCACAGCGAUGGCAGUGUGUUUGACAACCCGAAAUCGAUGAGGGUACAUUCUGUUCCUCCACUGAUGAAAUCCAUUUCACUGCAAGCCAUUAACCCACCAAAUGUACACAAUUUAAGAUCGUCCACCAGUAACUCUCUGGGCCAGAGCAUUUCCGAAGAGGAUUACAGCCAAGUGCCCCCAAGUCCAACAAGGAAGGAUUUGGAAGGGAAAGGCAGCACUAAAGUCUCUCGAACUUUCAGCUACCUCAAAAAUAAGAUGUCAAGUGGAAAACACAAGAACAAGGAGAAAGAGAAAUCAAAAGAGAAGGAAGUAAAAGACAAAGACAAAAAAACUGUAAACGGACACAGUUUUACUGCCAUCUUAGCAUUCCGUACUCCACAAUGUGCCCAGUGUAACAAAGCCAUCACCAGUCGAGAGGCAUACCUAUGCAGCAGUUGUAAUGCUCAAGUUCACAAGGGUUGCAGGGAUAGUCUGCCCUCCUGUAACAAGAUUAAACAGAAGCAGCAGAAAGCCCCUCAGGCCCAAGAUUCUUCAACAUUACCCACUGCCGUCAAUAUGCGAAAUAAAACUUUCCAACCCAAAGAACGCCCAAGGUCAGCAAUAAUUCUUCAAGAUGACAACGUAUUGAGCGCUCCUAACAGGAAAAUGCCCCUCUACCGAUCACUCUCCAAGAGUAUGUCAAUAGCUAAUAUUGCAGGAUCUACGAUUGAUGAAACCUCCCUUGCAUCUUGGCGGGUUUUGUCACAGUCGACAGAUUCUUUAAACCACAUCAAACAAGUGACCGAGUCAAUGGAGUCACUGACUGAUGAAGACUCUGCAUGUGUACUGCACGCUCCCACAGGUACAGAUGUCAUGGACGGGCAGCUGAUGGGAGAGUUCGAGUCCGAUGCGAAAGAACUGGAAGCAGACUCCUGGAGCCUAGUAGUGGACAACGACUUUGUGUGUCAACAGAAGAAGGAUGUGAUUAAACGGCAGGAUGUUAUCUAUGAGUUAAUGCAGACGGAAAUGCACCACCUCCGAACUCUGAAGAUCAUGUCUGAAAUCUACAGCAAAGGGAUGACAAAGGAGCUGCAGUUUGAAACCUCGACAGUGGAACGUAUCUUUCCCUGCCUGGAAGAUCUGAUAGACAUCCACACACAGUUCCUCUAUCGGAUUCUAGAGAAGAGGAAAGAGUCCUUGGUGGCAAACAGUGAGCGGAACUUCUUCAUUAGAAAGAUCGGAGACAUUCUGGUGAAUCAGUUCUCUGGACCGAGUGCUGAGCGCAUGAAGAAGACGUAUGGGAAGUUCUGUGGGCAGCACAACGACGCCGUGAAUUUUUGCAAAGAGCUCUUGGCAAGAGAGAAAAAGUUCCAGGCCUUUGUCCGGAAAAAAAUGAGUAGUUCCAUAGUUCGCAGAUUAGGAAUCCAGGAGUGCAUAUUACUGGUUACUCAAAGGAUUACCAAGUAUCCCGUGAUUGUCCAGAGGAUAAUUCAGCAUACCAAAGAAAAUGAUGACGAUCACGCUGAUCUCACAAAAGCACUUGCCAUGAUAAAAGAGGUGAUCGCAGCAGUAGAUAACAAAGUCAGUGAAUUUGAAAAGAAAACCAGACUGCAGGAGAUCCACAGCAGAACAGAGACCAAGGCCAUCAUGAGGAUGAAGAGUGGCCAGAUGUUUGCAAAGGAAGACUUGAUCCGGAGAAAGCUGGUACAUGAUGGCCCUGUUACGUUAAAGACUUCAGCGGGAAGACUAAAAGAAGUCCAGGCUGUGUUGCUUUCUGACGUGUUGGUGUUUCUUCAAGAGAAGGAUCAGAAGUAUACUUUUGCUGCACUGGACCAGAAGUCUACUGUGGUGCCACUGCAGAAACUUAUUGUGCGUGAAGUAGCACACGAGGAAAGGGGCAUGUUCCUCAUCAGUGCAGCUGCCAAGUUACCUGAGAUGUACGAGGUACAUGCCAGCUCCAAAGAGGAGAGGACGAACUGGAUGCAAAUCAUUCAGCAAACUACCAGCACGAUGGGUCAGGAUGAAGAUGAAGGAAUUCCCAGUGAGUCUGAGGAGGACCGGCGGCAGCUAGAGAGCAGAGCCAAAGAACUGAAAGAGAAACUGCAGGAAAGAGAUCAACAAAUCCUUUCGCUCUUGGAAGAGAAACUGAGACUGUACAAGGAAAUGGCGGAGGCUACUGGGCAUGAAGAAGCUUCGCAGAAUCUGAUAACCAGGUCCUUGUUCAGAGCAAAUACAGAAGAUGCUCCAAAGGGAGAGUCCUUACUCAAGGAUGCAAUGAAAGAAGUCGAGACCUUGCAGAAUGUGCUGUCUCAGAGCUUUGGAGGUGCUAUUGGGCAGCAGUCAUCAGGCAGUGCAGACCAGGAGGGAAUCACUGGACACGUAUCCUUACCCAGAAGGGCCGAGACAUUUGGAGGCUUCGACAGCCAUCAGAUGAGUGCCACGAAAAGUGGAGAAAAGGAUGAAGUAGAUGAUGUGCAGGACCUUCGCAGGACAGAAUCAGACAGUGUUUUAAAAAAGGGAUUGACGGCGAAUCUGAUCCUGCCAAUCAGAAAGAAUGAGUAUGUGCUUCAGAAGGUGCUGAGCCUACAGCAGUUGUUGCUUGGAUUACAGGCUGUCGUGGUGCAACAGGACUCGUUCAUCGAGGACCAGAAGCAAGCGACGAGUGAGAGGAGUGAGCGCUUGACGCGGUCAUCUUUACGGCCGAGCUCCCUGAUCGAGCAGGAGAAGCAACGAAGUUUGGAGAAACACCGUCAGGAGCUGGCCAACCUGAAACGGCAGCAGGCACUGCACCUGGAGGACAAGAAGAAAUGGGAACGGGAGUGGGAAAUAAAGGAGAAGGAUCUGACCGAGCGGGAGGCCAAAGUGUCGCUGCAAGAUGCUGAGACGGCAAGGUUACAGAAGGAAGUGGAGAAGCAGAGGGAGGAGCUUCAGUUGAGGAAGGAGGAGUAUCAGCAGGAUCUGGAGAGGCUGAGGACAGCGCAGAAGCAGCUCGACAAGGAGAAAGAGCAGCUCAAGAGGAUGGAAGAGCUGCUCACUCAUCAAAGGCAGAGCCACCUGACACACUCGGAUUCCCUCAGUUCACAGUCUUCAGAUCGAGAGGUUGUGACGCCAAUCGGCCCUCUGACCGAGGGAUCCUCAAGCUCAACAAAGCUGUUUGGCUGUAAUUCGUUAAACCAGGAACAUUCGGAGGCACACCUUACGAAGAGGGAUGUGGAGACUUCUCCCAGCCCGACUUGGAAAGACUCCACACAAAGCAAUGCCAAGAACCUCACAGGUCAACCACGAAACACCACAAACUCAACCAGCAACCCACUGCCACCACGGUUACUCAAGCUCGCGAAACCAAAGGAGAAGAAAUCCAAACACCGUAAGGGCAAAGGUCACCGCUCUGGGAACUUACCACCCGAAUACAAUCCAGAUGUCCUACCAACAGCAGACAGCUCAGCACUGAAUAAAACGGCACCAGAUAAAAAGCACCCUGCAACUGAACUUCUGGGCAAUGAAGAGGUUUUCUACUGCUGAGCUUUCCUGCUUUACAGACUGUGUGGAGAUUUGGGGAUGGAGGAGGGUGAGGGAGAGGAUAAGGACUCCCCUCAGCCAUGUGGCUGUCUACAGGAUGUGUGAUAUCCACACUGCCUUCCCCGUUGCUCUCUGAUGGUGGUAUUGAUGGGACUGCGUGCUGAAAUAAUAAAAAUAGAUAUGUAUUUAGUUGGUACAUCAAUCUCUCUCUCUGCGUAACAAAACAACUGAUUGAGAAAUGCUGUCCAAAAGGCAAGGCAAGGAAACAUCGGGUUGAUUUAAAACCCGGCAAGAGCUUGUUGGAAAUUGAUGCAGAUUAAAUCAGAGCAGCGAAACAAAAGUUUGAUAUUUCUUGAAAUGUUGUAGUCUUCUGAGGCAUUGUGUUGUCACUGGUGUUCAGUGCUGUUCUAAAAAGGGAAUUUGAGUCAAACUCUUAACUCAGCUUCAUCCCACAACUGCCAUCACUAGUGACUGCUUUGUUGUCACCAGAACCUUGGCCCCUGAGGCAUCUGCUUCCAAUGCAGCCUUUUGGCGAGCGUCUGCCUCUGGAAUGUUUCUGUUUUACACCAAUCCAACCCUGUAAGAGCAUUUGAUCAAAACCCUUUUCUCCAGAGCCAUUCUCAACACUUUGCUCACCUCUUGCAUUAUUUCUGGCCUUGUUGACUUGGGAGAUGGUUGGUCAGGGGCGAGUCAAUUUUUAAAUAUACCCGUCCGAAAAUAUCCAGCCAUUCUUCCAGUGACUAAACAAACCACUUACUGAAAUGGGAGAGAAUAUGAAGGUUGCAGGAUGGGAGAGAUUAAUUUGCCAGCUAGUUAAUUCACUUCAAAUUUCUGGCAUAGUAGUGUGUAUUCUGCGCCAUCAAUCUAUGUUGUAAAUAAAAUUGCAGUGAGUGCAAUGGUUUUUAAUUUGUGCAUUUCUCCCAUUUGAGGGAGAGAAAGGUUCAUCCCUGAGAUUUCCUUUUCCUUCAAACAUGUUAAUAUUUAAAUCUUAUGGGGUAGAAAUUGUCAAAUAUCGGUGUAAAAUUAAAUUCUGAAUGUAAAAUGUUUUUAAGAGCAAGAACUGUAAAGCUACAAAGGUGGAAUUAAUGCACGAUGGUUUAUACUUGAUUUUUUUUCUAUUGCUUUAAGUUCCAUUCUACUAGAAUGUUAAUUGGGAUAUUUUAAUUGUUUUUAUGUAGAUCAUCUCAUAAUUUUAAAAAUCAAUAGUGUCUUCUUUUGGAUGGCCUGCAUAUGAUUUGAUGAGGAAACACAGUGUGUAGGGCACUAAUUUUUCACCUGGAACCUGGGUUCAGAUCCAGCCUGGACUGAAAGGGGGUCAAAGAUACUUGGGUCAGCAUUGACAAGUUUGAUGUGGAAUGAGUUUGGAUAGUCUUUGUCCAGUCCGCACCACACAACCAUCUGUAAUUUGGCACUAACUACGAAAUCUCACGCACAAGGUGGGAGUGGGGAGGGAUCAAAGGCAUACACAGAGAAAAUGGAGACACGACACAUUGGGGUUUUCCAGGGGGACUUCAGAUGUAAGUCAAAGAAAGCCUUGCUCUCACUUAUUUGUUCACAUCAGUUUCCCAAAACGGGACUAUGUUUCACGCCAUUAACUUCACUCACUCACUGAGCACAGAUUCACCCAUUAUUACUGAGCACCAACAGCUUUCCAGUACAUCUCGUCAAUGGACACCAGGCAGUUUCCUCAAAACUCUUUGUUGAUGCUAAUGUUAAGAGGGAUCUGUCCAUCUACAGGGAUAAGGAAGUCCCUUUUCAUUCACAGCCAGAGGGAUAGUUUGCAGUGUUUAACUAUAGAGGGAACACAAAAUUGAUCCCAUUUACCUUUUACCCCUGAUACUUCCAACCUGCUGCAAGGUCCCAUUACAGAAAAGGAGGGAAGAGUCCAACUCAAACCAGGGUCAGAGUGAGGUGGAGAGGUGCCCCUGAUCAGUUGCUGUUGGUAUCUCAGAUGACUGUUGACUUGUAAAGAGUUUAGGAAUCAAUGGUCCAUUUUCUUGUUAGCAAUGUACAAACAGGAGGUGGCCAUUCAGCCCAUUGAACCCGGUCUGCUACAAUAGAAUAUGGAUGCUCUGUAUCUCAACUCCACUUGAUUCCUUAACCCUUAAUGUACCAUUGCCUCACAAGAAUCAAUGUCUUGAAUCCAAGACCCAUUCCAUAUGAGACAAGGCCAGCUUGAAAGGCAGCAUCAUCUCCAGAGUGUGGUUUGUGGCCAUGAAGCACUUUAAAGGAACAAAAACUUGGUUGUUUUUUUGUAAAUCAUGUACACUGUUGUCAGCUUUCAUGCUACUUUAAUCAGAAGACAAUCACAAUUCCAUGGCCUGUGCUGUAUAUUGUGGAUUCCAAAUGCACACGUCAGGGAAAGAAACAAAGUGGAGUUUUAAUGCAAGAUGCUAUUUCGGUUAUGUUUUGGACUUUACCUACCCAAGAGAAAAGGGCUGCAUUUUACCAAAGGCAGAACUCAAAACCAGGGAGAAUACAACCACUGUACAUGGCUUUGCAAGCUUCUAUCAUUUCCUGUGGUCCAGAUUUGAUUUAACAAUCUUAAGAGCUGCUAUUAAUUUUAUAAUUUUUUAACAAAAGUAUAUAGUGUUCCCCUUCAGGUGUUUGCAAUAGCUGUGGUAAUUAGUGUUUAUUUUGACAGGGCGAUGUGUGUUGAUACAUUGCUGAGGCUGUCCGUACAUUAUUAAGGGCAGCCCUGACCCAACCACAUCAGAAAGGUCGAGAAUGAAGGUUUCUCUCAGGAAACCCCAUUCACGGCAAGUCUUUGUAGGAUCCAUGUGCACCUGCCAAAAGGAAACCCAAAAUUAUUUGAAUGUGGUAUUUCUGAUCACUUUGAGGACAGAGUAAUGUCUUUUGGUGGGACCCAGGUUUCAUGGCCUUUAAAUAUCUCUAAGUGAUCAUCUCUUUCUUGUCCAAAUGGGGGUAUAUUGUGCAGACCUUCGACCAGGUAGCAUGCCCAAUUCACCUUUGGCUUGGUCAGGUAUUAGUGUAUGGACAUUCCCCCUACUGUUCACUGCAGGCAUCAGCAGUAAAUGAUCUUCCUUCCAUCUCACCCGCUUCUAUCACCACUCUGAACAUUUCUACCACGGUCACACCUCUGACCUCCAAUACAGAGAGAACCGUUUUAAAGACAAAUGUACUCCUCACGGUUUGGCAAUACAAGACUUUAGAGCAGCAUGGGGGUGACACAAUAAAGAUGAUCAUCCUGCCUGGGACAGUCUGGGCUGUUAAACUCCCAAGAACUUUGCUGGUUACACCAGCAGAAUUGGGGCAAUACAGUUUAUCUUAUUGGAGAGUAACAAAACUACUCAAGCUCCUGCUUGAUUUCCUGACUGCUGGGAGGAUGGGAAUGGGUGCUAGUCAAUCCCACUAGAUUUAAGUUUUAAGAUUUGCAUGUGACUUGUGUUCUGUUCUAACACUCAUGACUUCAAGGAGUUUAGUUUGUCUGUCGGGGUCAGGAGAAUAGUGUCGGCCAUUAUACCAGCAUUUAAAUCUGAAACUGGAAAUACCCAUGUUAGGACACAGUAUCCAAAAAGAGAGGGAUUUAUUUCAUAGGUAAACGUUUACGUUAAUACGGAGGUACCCAUGGGUACAAUUACAUCUGUCUUCUCCUGAGAGAGACACUUCUCAAAUUACUCUUUUCCCUUGUACCCUACCUAUUUUUCAACACUGUUGAGUGUGUCUGACUGUUGAAAUAACACAGGCAGGAAAAUAACAGUAAAACAUUUGGUAUUAGAGAGAACACACAAAGGGAUUUAGCCCCAGAAGUGUUUAUUUUAAAUUUAUUUUUACUUUUUUUGAAUGGACAUGAGAUUUGAUUUAUGUUUUGAAAACCUUACAUUUUGGAAUUUUACAUCCUUGGAGAACAUUUGUUGAGUUUAUCUUUACUGAGUGUUGAAUGCCGCUUUCUGUAGUACUGUAAGCUUGAAAGAUGCACACCACCCUCCUCAUGAUCCCAUCUAUAAUUUUGGACCAUCACCCAGUUCCUGCAGAGCUAACAACACUGAGAAGACAUGAAAGGUGGGCAAGAUUUUAACUCACUCAGUAAGUAUUCACCUGCAGAGUUAGCAUUGGGCUCAUUGUGUUCCUAGAAAAAUGUGGGAUCUCGGGGACGCUGUCUGCCCGGAUGGGUUUCAAACUUCGAGAUCUUUCCUAAGCUAGCAGGUAUAAAACCUCACUGACAAAGAUGGAGAAUCGCGGACCAUUCACCCAGUGCUACUUAAACAAGGCUCUGCGCUUUAAGCAGACAACCACCAAUCCCAACCAACCAUGCCCAGUCUCUCCACACCAUUUCAAAUUGCUUGAUUACAGACCCACCUGCCUUGUACUGAAAACAUUUAUGCACUAACUGAAUAAUGGACAUGCUCAGGAUGUCUCUCAAGCAUUUUAUAUACCUCUCUGCUUUCAAAAAAAAAUUCCUGAGGAUAAACAAAAAAGAUCUACUUGCACCAAGGUACACCUUGUAUUUUUCUUGAUUCUGUGUACAAAAAAAAUUAUAAGGAUGAAAACCUAAUUAUUUUAUCUAUGAUGUAAUUACUGUAUAAAAGUGGAAACUGUAAACAUAGUUACAUUUCAGUAAUGUUGCUGUGAUCUCCAGUAGCUUUUUUGUAAUUAAACUUUUAUUUAUCAUUUUCCCCUUAUAGAUUAUCAGCCAAUGUAAAUUUCUUUCCCCCACAAUAAACAUUUACACCAUAGAUUUAUUCAAA